GGAAAGCAGUGACACGCCAAAGGACCCUGCAGUGACCUCCAAGUCCCCGUCCAUGGCUCAGGACUCAGGCCCCUCAGAGCUGUUACCCAACGGGGACUUGGAGAAGCGGAGUGAGCCCCAGCCAGAGGAGGGGAGCCCCGCUGGAGGGCAGAAGGGCGGGGCCCCAGCAGAGGGAGAGGGUGCGGCUGAGACCCCGCCCGAAGCCUCCAGAGCCGUGGAGAAUGGCUGCUGCACCCCCAAGGAUGGCCGAGGAGCCCCUGCAGAAGAGAGCAAAGAACAGAAGGAGACCAACAUCGAAUCCAUGAAAAUGGAGGGCUCCCGGGGCCGGCUGCGGGGUGGCUUGGGCUGGGAGUCCAGCCUCCGCCAGCGGCCCAUGCCGCGCCUCACCUUCCAGGCGGGGGACCCCUACUACAUCAGCAAGCGCAAGCGGGACGAGUGGCUGGCACGCUGGAAAAGGGAGGCUGAGAAGAAAGCCAAGGUGACUGCAGUAAUGAAUGCUGUGGAGGAAAACCAGGGGUCUGGCGAGUCUCAGAAGGUGGAGGAGGCCAGCCCUCCUGCAGUGCAGCAGCCCACCGACCCUGCAUCCCCCACCGUGGCCACCACACCUGAGCCCGUGGGGGCGGACGCUGGGGACAAGAACACCACCAAAGCAGCCGACGAUGAGCCGGAGUACGAGGACGGCCGGGGCUUUGGCAUUGGGGAGCUGGUGUGGGGGAAACUUCGGGGCUUCUCCUGGUGGCCAGGCCGCAUUGUGUCUUGGUGGAUGACGGGCCGGAGCCGAGCAGCUGAAGGCACCCGCUGGGUCAUGUGGUUUGGAGACGGCAAGUUCUCGGUGGUGUGCGUUGAGAAGCUGAUGCCGCUGAGCUCCUUCUGCAGUGCUUUCCACCAGGCCACCUACAACAAGCAGCCCAUGUACCGCAAAGCCAUCUACGAAGUCCUGCAGGUGGCCAGUAGUCGCGCGGGGAAGCUGUUCCCAGCAUGCCAUGACAGCGACGAGAGCGACACAGCCAAGGCCGUGGAGGUGCAGAACAAACAGAUGAUCGAGUGGGCUCUCGGAGGGUUCCAGCCCUCUGGCCCCAAGGGCCUGGAGCCACCCGAAGAAGAGAAGAACCCCUACAAAGAAGUUUACACAGACAUGUGGGUCGAACCCGAGGCAGCUGCCUAUGCACCACCCCCACCCGCCAAAAAGCCCCGAAAGAGCACAACGGAGAAGCCUAAGGUCAAGGAGAUAAUUGACGAACGCACAAGAGAGCGGCUGGUGUACGAGGUGCGGCAGAAGUGCCGGAACAUCGAGGACAUUUGCAUCUCUUGUGGGAGCCUCAACGUCACCCUGGAACACCCUCUCUUCAUCGGAGGAAUGUGCCAAAACUGUAAGAAUUGCUUCCUGGAGUGUGCGUACCAGUACGAUGAUGAUGGCUACCAGUCGUACUGCACAAUCUGCUGCGGGGGGCGCGAGGUGCUCAUGUGCGGGAACAACAACUGUUGCAGGUGCUUCUGUGUGGAGUGUGUGGACCUCUUGGUGGGGCCAGGGGCUGCCCAGGCAGCCAUCAAGGAGGACCCCUGGAACUGCUACAUGUGUGGGCACAAGGGCACCUACGGGCUGCUGCGGCGGCGGGACGACUGGCCCUCGCGGCUCCAGAUGUUCUUCGCCAAUAACCACGACCAGGAAUUUGACCCUCCGAAGGUGUACCCACCUGUCCCAGCCGAGAAGAGGAAGCCCAUCCGGGUGCUGUCUCUAUUUGACGGAAUUGCUACAGGGCUUCUGGUGCUGAAGGACUUGGGAAUUCAGGUGGACCGCUACAUCGCCUCAGAGGUGUGUGAGGACUCCAUCACGGUGGGCAUGGUGCGGCACCAGGGGAAGAUCAUGUACGUCGGGGACGUCCGCAGCGUCACGCAGAAGCAUAUCCAGGAGUGGGGCCCGUUCGAUCUGGUGAUUGGGGGCAGUCCUUGCAAUGAUCUCUCCAUCGUCAACCCUGCCCGUAAAGGACUCUACGAGGGCACUGGCCGGCUCUUCUUUGAGUUCUACCGCCUCCUGCAUGAUGCGCGGCCCAAGGAGGGAGAUGACCGCCCCUUCUUCUGGCUCUUUGAGAAUGUGGUGGCCAUGGGCGUUAGUGACAAGAGGGACAUCUCGCGAUUUCUCGAGUCCAACCCUGUGAUGAUUGAUGCCAAAGAAGUGUCAGCUGCACACAGGGCCCGCUACUUCUGGGGGAACCUUCCUGGUAUGAACAGGCCGUUGGCAUCCACUGUGAAUGAUAAGCUGGAGCUGCAGGAGUGUCUGGAGCACGGCAGAAUAGCCAAGUUCAGCAAAGUGCGGACCAUUACUACUAGGUCGAACUCCAUAAAGCAAGGCAAAGACCAGCAUUUCCCCGUCUUCAUGAAUGAGAAAGAGGACAUCUUAUGGUGCACUGAAAUGGAAAGGGUGUUUGGCUUCCCUGUCCACUAUACCGACGUCUCCAACAUGAGCCGCUUGGCGAGGCAGAGACUGCUGGGCCGGUCGUGGAGCGUGCCGGUCAUCCGCCACCUCUUCGCUCCGCUGAAGGAGUAUUUUGCUUGUGUGUAAGGGACAUGAGGGCAAACUGAGGUAGUGACACAAAGUUAAACAAACAAAAAACACAAAACACAAAACACCAACAACAUGAGGAUCGAGAGGAGUAUCAGCACCCAGAAGAGAAAAAGGAAUUUAAAACAGAAACCAGAGUCGGAAGUACCGGAGGCUUUGCCUUGCACAAAGGGUUGGACAUCAUCUCCUGAUUUUUCAAUGUUAAUCUUCAGUCCUAUUUAAAAACAAAACCAAGCUCCCUCCCCCCCCACCCCCCACCCCCUUUUUUUUUGUUUUGGUCAAACCUUUUGUUUUGUACUCUUUUCAGAGGGGUUUUCUGUUUGUUUGGGUUUUUGUUUCUUGCUGUGACUGAAACAAGAGGGUUUGUUGCAGCAAAAAUCAGUAACAAGAAAUAGUAACAAUACCUUGCAGAAGAAGGGUGGGAGAAAAGGAAAAAAGGAAAUUCUAUAGAAA